UCAGAUACGAUCCUUUCUGUAAAAACAAUUAAAAACAAAAAACCAAGGAAGAAUUCUAAUGUGACGCAACAAUCCCCACGGAUUACCAAAGAAAACUUAAGUGUUUCGAGACACGGCAGCUGACGAGUUUAUUGUGAAGGUCAUUGGACUUCAACUAAUGAAUGACCUACUUAUCAGAUCCUUUAGUGUUUUCUUUUCUUUGUUCUUGUUUAUUUUUUUGUGCAGAAUCGCUCAUACGACUUUUUGUGUAGUUUAAUCUGUACGUUGCGGUAGUACAGCUGAGUCUGCUGCAAACAAGGAACUAAAUACCGAUAAGAUUUUACCCUGGGGCACGACUGGGAUAUUAUUUGAUGCGAAUCAGGUGGAAUUUAUCCGCGUGGAAAGUGUCGGCAGGAAUGACGUCAACGUCUCACCUUUCUUCGGGGAAGUCCGAAGGGGGCAACGUACGAUCUUUCAUACAGGAAAAAUUAGUUUUUUUUCUCGAAGGGCCCGCGGAAUACGAUGAAAUUUAUUGAAGACCACCGUUAACACCAUGCGCAUGAGGAAAAUACGGGGGGAUUACGGUCACUUGCUAUAUUCCACGGGUGAAUCAUGCAGAAAAACCUCGCACGCGCGCGAUAGAGAAAACAAUUAAACCGAGCAGUUCAAGUUCUCAAAACUAAUUAGGUGAAGACAACCCCGAUAAAUAUCCGAACAAUUUCACGAUAAGCAGAGUUUCGCCGUUCCGAAAUUAAUUUUACUUUUACAAGGUUUGUGCGUGACGAACGUGUUGCAUCGAAUAUCAUGAAGGACCAAAAAGAACUGAAGAAUCGAGAGAACGGAACCGAGAAUGGAAAAACCCUGUGCGUUUUAACCAACGGAAAGGGGCAUGAAAAGUGUACUUUUCAUCACGAUUUGGAACUCGAUCAUCGUCCACCGACCAGAGAAGCCCUUUUACCAGAAAUGUCCAGGAGCUACAGACUGCUGCUCAGUUCCCUUGGCGAAGAUCCGGACCGUCAGGGACUGCUGAAGACCCCGGAAAGGGCGGCAAAAGCGAUGCUUUUCUUUACAAAAGGAUACGACCAGAGCCUCGAGGAAGUUAUCAACGACGCCGUGUUCGACGAGGAUCAUGACGAGAUGGUUGUCGUGAAGGACAUCGAGAUGUUUUCAAUGUGCGAACACCACCUCGUUCCUUUCUACGGCAAAGUAUCGAUCGGCUAUCUACCCUGCAAGAAGAUUCUUGGACUCAGCAAAUUAGCUAGAAUCGUUGAGAUAUUCAGCCGUCGACUCCAAGUGCAAGAACGUCUUACCAAACAAAUUGCCAUCGCAGUUACCAAGGCUGUACAACCAGCCGGUGUAGCUGUAGUAGUCGAAGGAGUACACAUGUGCAUGGUCAUGAGAGGAGUUCAAAAAAUCAACAGUAAAACUGUUACUUCUACAAUGCUAGGAGUAUUUCGUGACGACCCAAAAACACGCGAGGAAUUUCUCAAUUUGGUGCACACGAAAUAGGGGCAGCCGGACUGCCUCCUUCCGAUCAGCCAUCGCAAAAACCUAGGCCAAGAUCCACUGCGUCUUGCACUCUAGAAAAAAAAGGUUUGUACCGUAUAGUUCGCAGUGGUAAAGUAUAUCUCUCUAUCUCACUAUCUCUAACAAGUUCGCAGCGUCGAAUAAAUUUACGUUUCGAUGAGUAAUUUGAAAAAAAACAUAUAAAAAUCAAUUUCAAUACAUUAUUGACGGGCAUCUGGUACUGAAAAACUGCUGAUCACUUGACAAUGAGACAAUAUCAUGGUAUUCCAUCUGAUUUGUUUUAGUUCAAUUGUGUAAUUUAAAGUUGAGUAUGUAAAUGUAUAUAUAUGUAUCUCAGCGAUCGAUGAAAUGAUCGUCUAUCUCAAAUGGUUGGUCAUCAGAGAUUUAUUUAAAUUGAAAAUGAGUAUCUUGAAGCUAUUUUGGAUUCGGAAUUUUUCUUUUUCUUCUUCAAUCAGAACUAGUGUGCAUGAGGAGGAAAAAAAAAAAAAAUAACUAUUUCAACGCAACGGCGUAUUCUUUUUUACUUGAAAAUAAUUAUUAGAAAGGUAUUGGCUGCGUUGAAAAUUUAUUUUGAAUACCAGAAAUUCUAUGUAUAUGUAAUCUAUAAGGUAUAUAUAGUAUGUUAUAUAUAAAGCUAACAAGGUGAUAUCCACGGUAUGGUUCUCGCAAUACGUCACAGCCAGGCAUCUUGCGACUUCCAGCCUUAUAAUUAUUAGGUGUAUAAUAAUUGUAAUUUACUAUAAUUAUUAGACGAUUCGAUAUUUUCUGUGCAAUAAUUGCACGACUAACAUCUCACGUGUACAAUCAUUGGUGUUUGAGAACGUGUCUCAUGAAAAAAAGCACCGAAUGAUUCGUCCUGUCGAAGGCCUAUGAUUUUUUUGUUAUUUAUUAUCCGACACUUGGUUCGUCGUUACAGAAAAAAAGAAAUACAAAAUCAAAGAAGAAAAAAAAAGAGAAAAAUGCAAGUAAUUGAAUAUUUUUGAUUUUUUUUUCUCUUCGACAACGUCGAAUGCCUUGGGCUCAAAUAUUUUUCAUGACAAAUGGCAAACCUGGGAUCAAUUCAUAAUUUCGAACGCAUUUUUGCGUAAGAAAAAAGAAAGAAGAGAAAAGAGUAUGAAACCCAGUAUGACAUUGAACCUGUAGUAUUAUCUGAUACAAUAAUAUAAUAUACAUACGAUUAAUUUUUUUUUUCUCUCUUAGGAUAAUUUUUGAAAAUAAGUUUCAUUUGCAGAACUUGCAGAUCUGCAUUAAUUUUAUCAAUAACGUGUCUAUGAAUUUUUUUUUCUAACAUGUACUUAAUGUACUGCGAGGUUUCAUGCUUUGAAUCAUUUGAAAAUGAAUAACAUCGCAAGCGGACAGCUGUUAUUAAUGAUAAGAUGUGAAUUCAACAGAUAGAAAAAAAAGGAAAGAAAUUCAUAAUUUGUUGUUAAGUUUAACAAAAUUUUAUGACGAUAUUGUUGUUAUAAAAUCACAUUUCAAUGAAUGAAUAAUAGUUUUUAAAAGUUAUUUAUGAAAAUUAUAAAGAAAAAACAUUUGAUAUUUAUGAUAUUUUAUGAUAUAUUAUAUAAAGUUAUAUUUAUAUUUUGAAAA